AUUUAUUGUGCAAUGUUAAUAUUAAAUGUUCUGUAGUUUUCCAAAUUAUAACCAAAAAUCUGUGCCAUAAGAAUAAGAAUAAGAAUGACAGAAUCUAUUUGGUCUAAAAUAUGGAAUAAUGCAAUUAAUUUAUGGAAGUAUAAGAUUGAACAAGAAUCAAUUCCUAGGUUGGAGAACGAAAUCGAGAAGAAUGAUGAAAUCGAUGAUAAGUGGGAAUUCGCCGCACCAUAUUUUGGAACUGCUAUAGUCUCGUGGCCAGUUUUUUGGUUAUUUAAAGGUUUUCUUUGGAGUUAUUAUCGUGAUAAAGUUGACUUAUGUUUAUAUAUUCAAAAAACACAUAUACAAGCUAAAGGAAUACAGGUAUUAAUAUUAUCGUUUGGACUUCUAAACAAUUUCGUAUAUCAAAAAACAGGAACCAGCUUAUAUCAGCAUGUGAGAAAUUGGCAGUGUGAAUAUGUGGAUAUAUGCCGUCACUCAUGUUAUUGAAGUUUUAUAGAGAAAUCCCACAUCAAUGGAAUCGGUUACUUCAUUUGUGAAAGCUGCGUCCAAAAAAAUGUGGGGAGGUGCUGAAGAGAAAACAGUGGAAGUAGCUGGAAUCACGAAUGAACAUAAACUACCACCGCCAAAAGGUAUUUGGGAACAGAGAAUAGAAAAUGCUGCCCCAUUGCUACUGGCUAGUUGCCUUGUGUGGCCAAUAUUUUGGACACUCAGAGGUUAUAAUUGGAAAAAUGCUCGUAAUUUAAGUACUUUGCGAACGUAUAUUCAAAAGACGCACAUACAAGCUAAAGCUCUAACGUUUGGUAUCAUCAGUGGUGAUAUUAUACAUAAUCUCUUCUUCCGUGAGAAAGAAACAACAAUGUUAAGAAAUGUCAACAAUGAAAAUGAUAUACACCAGCAUCUAAUGGAAACAUUAUUCGAUUUAACAUUCUAUACGAGUCAGUGGUUUUAAGCGGUAAGUUUGAUAAGAGAUAAGAGACAUAUAAGAGUUUAAGGGAGUAAAGAUUCAAUAUGCAUUCUGCUAUAUAUUUCUGAUGAAUAAAAAGGAGAAAACACACUACAGGAUCGCUAUAGUGGAAUUUUAUUGCCGUCAAGGAAAUUUGGGCCAAAUUGAUAACUUUACAUUACUACAUACAUACAAAUCAAAUGUAUUAGCUGACCCUUAGUGUCUGCUUUAUUGAUGUAUUCCUUCGUAUUUAUUUAUGUUUAAUUGCGAAACGAACAAAGUUCGAUUUUUUUAUAACAUUGAACAUCUGAAAUGAAAAUGAAAUGAAAUAUAGUGUAAAGGAUCACCGCAAAUAAGGUCUUAUCGGGAUCAAGAAAUGUUGCUCCACUGCUACUUUUAUAGUGUGGCCAUUCGUAAGGGUGUUUAAAGGUUGCAAUCGGAAAUAUGCUUUUAUGCUUCUGUUGUUGGUAAUAAUAUGCUUUCAAUCUUAAGAUGCAUAAGCGACUGCUCUACGGUAUAUUCUAGUAUUAUAUAAAGUUUCUUUUUUUCACGAAAUGUAGGCAAUUUGUACCAGGAUCUCAUUGAUCGAGCGUCAAUUCUACAGAUCAUAUAACGGUUGUUAUUAGCAUAUAUUUUGAUUCAGAGGGUUUAAACCUAAGACGAUAUUAGUGCAAAUUACACGUUUGUUGUAAGAGACAAACAAAAUAUCUAAUCGGCGAGAUCUUUGAUGUGUGUAUCUGGAAACAUUUUCCCAAACUGAUCAUCCAACUGUUUUGAUGUUUAUAUCCGUUGUAUCAGUUGAUAUAUUCUUCUACUAUUUGAGAAACGAAUGAACAAAAAUUUUCAGUAAAAGAAAUUAUAAU